AUGUCUGCUCCAGCCAUUCAUAGACACCAUAAAUCACAGAGCUGUCUGCUGCCCCUCCUCUCCGCGCAUCUUCCCUAUUCAGGGCCUCUCUUCAGGCGCAUCCAGCACUCUCUCAUCUACCCAUCUGAAACUGCACAGAUUCUCGCAACCUUUCCCCCAGCACCAACAGCCGCAUCCGUCAACGCGUACUCACCGUGGCUCGUUGUGAGCGUGGAUGUCUAUGCCGGCAGCGAAACCCAAAUGUGGCUCUAUUCAAGCGUAGAAGCUGGGGCCUCCGUACCAUCGAUACAGGAAUGGGCUGCGAUAGAGGAGCUGCCGUUGGCUAUAGGUCAAUGGAGCAAACUCGUUCUUGAGCCUGAAAUUGUAGUAGAGAUAUAG